AGGCAGUCGGCCAUUCCACCUUGCCUCUCCUUCAUCGUCACCUCCCUCCUCCAACAUACUACCUCCUUUCGUCACUCCUCGUCCAAGAUGACAAAAUUCAUCGUCGUCAGCGGUGGUGUCAUCUCCGGUAUCGGAAAGGGUGUCAUCGCUUCUUCGACUGGUCUGUUGCUCAAGACACUCGGUCUGAGGGUGACUGCCAUCAAGAUCGACCCCUACAUGAACAUUGAUGCCGGGACAAUGGCCCCCACUGAGCACGGUGAAGUCUUCGUGCUGGAUGAUGGAGGAGAGGCAGAUCUCGAUCUCGGAAACUACGAGCGAUAUCUCGACGUCACCCUCAGCAAGGACAACAACAUAACAACCGGAAAGAUCUACCGCGAGGUCAUCGAGAAGGAGAGGCGCGGUGACUAUCUAGGCAAGACUGUGCAGAUUGUGCCGCACCUCACCAAUGCCAUUCAAGAUUGGUUGCUGAGAGUUGCUGCGCAGCCAGUCGACUCGACUGGUUUGGCUCCAGAGGUGUGCAUCGUUGAGCUGGGUGGUACCGUGGGUGACAUCGAGUCGGCGCCUUUUGUGGAGGCUCUGCGCCAAUUCCAAUUCAGGGUGGGGCAGGACAAUUUCGCCCUCGUCCAUGUCAGUUUGGUGCCUGUCAUCGGAGGAGAGCAGAAGACAAAGCCGACGCAGGCAGCCAUCAAGGACCUCAGAGGUCUUGGUUUGGUUCCGGACAUGAUCGCAUGUCGGUCGCCGGCUAAGCUGGAUCAAGCCGUCAUCAACAAGCUCUCGAUGUUCUGUCACGUUGCUCCUGAUCAGGUCUUGGGUGUACACGAUGUGGAAUCGACUUACCACGUUCCGCUGCUUUUGGAGCAGCAGGGUAUGGUCAAAUUCCUGGAGAAGCGGCUUGGCCUUGAGCUCAAGGGCAUGGAGGCAGCCAAGAAGGAGGUAGGACGGGAUCUAAGGCGGCGAUGGAGGGACCUGACAGCCACCCACGAUCGAAUGAUCGACACCGUUGAGAUUGUUCUGGUGGGCAAGUACACCUCGCUUCAAGAUUCAUACAUGUCGGUGAUCAAGUCUCUGGAGCACUCUGCUAUGCGAUGCCAUCGCAAGCUCAAGCUCAAGUGGGUCGAGGCUUCGGACUUGGAGCCUCAAACAGCCAGCGACAACCCGGUGCGCUACCACGAAGCUUGGCACUCGCUGUGCAGCGCAAAGGGUAUCUUGGUACCUGGAGGCUUCGGUGUCCGAGGAACAGAGGGUAUGAUUAGCGCCGCCAAGUGGGCCAGGGAGAAGCGGGUGCCAUAUCUCGGUAUCUGCCUUGGUUUCCAAAUAGCCGUCAUCGAGUUCGCCCGCAACGUUUGUGGCCUUACAGGUGCCAACUCGGCUGAAAUGGACCCCGACUGUCGCAACCCCGUCGUGGUGUACAUGCCGGAAGUGUCGAAGACACAAUUGGGUGGAACCAUGCGUCUGGGUCUGCGCCCGUCCGUCUUCUCAUCAAACAGCAAGUCGUGGUCUAAGAUCCGCACUCUCUACGGCGCCGGCGAGGCUUGCUGGGAGAGGCAUCGCCACCGAUACGAGAUCAACCCUGAGAUGGUAUCUCGACUAGAAGCUGGUAGCUCCCGCUCGAAUGGCUCGGAGCAGGCAAGCAGCAGUAUCGGUGGCAGGGCAGAAGUCACCUCGCCCGGUCUUGGCUACCCCGGAGCACCAGACACAGGUCUCCCCGUACGCGGCUUCCGCCGCACCUCUUCCUCGGCCUCUGCCUUCUCCACUCUAGCCCCAUCCGACACGUCACUCAACAGCGACGACUCCCUUGAGCCGGCCACGUCUCUCCGCUUCGUCGGCAAGUCCACUUCGGGAGCCCGUAUGCAGAUUCUAGAGCUGCAGGACCACCCAUACUUUGUCGGUAUGCAGGCCCACCCCGAAUUUGCCUCUAGGCCGCUCAACCCUUCGCCGCCUUUCCUCGGUCUGGUGGCAGCUGCUUCAGGUCUGGACGUGCUGGACGAGCAGCUCGCCAAUGGUCCAGAGUACAAGCCUCCGCACCCUACUUCGAUGAUGGUCCUCGGACAGGUGCAGGGAGAGGCCAAUGCGGCAGAAGAUGCAGCGAUGGCCAAGCUCAAGCCAAAGUCUUCUUCGCAACCUCGCUCCGUUAGUGGAAGAGGUGGAGCCGCUGCUGCUGCUGCUUCGGGUGGAUUGAACAUCCUCAUGGAAGAGGACGUGAAUGGUGCCUCUACACCCGUUGGUGCUAGGAGUCCUGCGCAAGGAGCGGGAGCCGAUCUGGACCCAGAGGCCCUGCCUCCUGGUACUGGUUCCCAGGUCAUCAAUGGAGCCAGCAGCCAUUAAGCGGGGAGUCCGAGAAGGGAAAGGGACGUAUUGCCAAUGUUUCUUGCCCUAUUUGCUCUGCUUGUAUCCAUCCAUCCUUGUUGCACUUGCCUGUCACUAGCCGCGGUACCCACUGUCAUCACAAUUUCUAUAUCAUCUGAUGUGUCCCGUGAAAUAUGCUUUGAUUGGUUGAAGGGGGAGAGA